AUACUCUUUGAGUGUCUAAGUAACAGGUAUAUUACUUCAGUAAUAUUGAAGACAGAGAGCUGAGCGCACGCCUCUUGUGAAUCGGACAGUGAUCGUGAAACAUGUUUCUAGGAUUUUACUUAGUUUUUUGCGCGCUCAAUAGCCUGCAUCUAACGAGUGGCGCAACUACAAAGAAAAAAGUCGACUAUUCAACAAUCGUUUUCCCGGGACCAAUACAAGACUUGAGCAAUCGCUAUGGAACCCCCAACAUUUCUGAUAGGUGCAAGAACCAAAAUUUCUGCACUGUCAAACCUGAUGAUUACCCUGAAGACCUUUUCAAUAAUCUAUUCAAAGGCAAGUUUAAGGAGCCGGUAUUCCAGCCUACUUACGUGAUGACAGAUGACCGUCAGGGAGACCCCGACGACAUGGACAAUUGCGAUAGUACCGUCGUGUAUGAACCACUCUACAAUGUGAAAACUCGACAAGGCGACUGGCGUACAGUGGUCCAAGCUCCUAAAGAGAAUUACGUGCAGAUGGUCCGAUUAGAGACUUGCAAUGAAGUGGGCAGUGUCUGUUUUACAGAAUUCAAAGUUCCUUUGGGUUUACAACCAUUUUGUAAACAGAAGUACAGCGUAUGGGAGUUUCUUGUGCACGAUGGUAACGAUGGCACUGAGAAAAUCAAGGUCGACUUGCCCAUUUGCUGCUCUUGUCAUUACAAAAAAACGUAAGAAAUAACCGAUAUCGACUUAUAAUGUAUUACUAUGUAGGACCCAUUCGACAAUAUCGAACAAUACUAAAUUAAGGUUUUAAUUUAAGCUCUGACUGUGUCUAUUUUAUAUUUACUCUGUACUAGUCAAAUUAAGAAAGAAAUAAAAAGGAAAUAUUUUCUAUGGAAAGGAAAGUAAGUA